AUGGAACACAAAAAUCAAGAUGAUAAUAAGAUCAACCAUGACUAUAUGACUGAGGCUGAUAGAUGUUUGAUUGACAAGUAUCGUGACCAAAUGAACUAUAGACUUAUUCCAUUAAUACCAACAUUUGGUCAACCAAAUGUUAAUGUACCAUUGAUAACUUGUCCAAAUGUAAUAUCAAAGAUAGAAACGAAAUUGUGCUGGCCAAUGUUGGAUAUCAAACCAAAAUCAUCAACGUUAAGAGCAUAUCCUGAAAAUCCAUGGUCAAUAACUUCAGAUUUUAAGUUAAAAUCGUCUUCAAAACACCGUAGAAUGCCUAUUAAGUUGUUUUCUUUCAUGUUCACUAAAGAAAGAUCAAAUUCUACAAAUUUAAAGACUGUAACUGAUCAUUUUGCUAGUUCAUUUUAUUAUUUCAGACCAGCUAAAGAUAAUCCAAUCAAAACAGACGCAGAUAGCUAA